CGGCCUCUUCCGCUCGCCGGGAGCCGGUCCUUGCCAGGCGCUCGGUGGGGCGGCGGGGCGGCGGGGCGGCGGCAGCAUGAAUGGCCGAGUGGACUACCUGCUGACGGAAGAGGAGAUCCACCUCACCCGGGGGCCCGCAGGGCUGGGAUUCAACAUCGUCGGCGGGACAGACCAGCAGUUCAUGCCCAGCGACAGCGGUAUCUUCGUCAGCCGGAUCAAAGAGAAUGGGGCUGCGGCCCUUGACGGGCGGCUCCAGGAGGGUGACAAGGUCCUAGCGGUGAAUGGCAAAGACUUGAAGAAUUUGUUGCACCAGGAUGCCGUGGACCUGUUUCGAAAUGCCGGUUACGCCGUGUCCCUCAAAGUGCAGCGCAAGGUUCAGAAUGGCCCCGUGAAUCACCGAGGGGACGGGGACCCCCGUGGCCUCCCCCUGGCCGCAGUGCUGGUGCCAGUGCUCGCCCUCGCCGCCAUCGCCGCUUGGGCCUUCGUCAGGUCCCGACAGCGACUGUGACCGGAAGCCCGUGCCUCUCGAACUCCGCACCCAACCCCAGGUCCCUGCCCCCCCACCCCCAUGCCGCUGUGGCUGGCGACCGCCGUGGGAUCCGAAGAGAGAGAGAGACCCCAACCCGGAUCGGACCGGGGUCGGGCAGGGCCGACGGGCAGGCGUGGGAGCCGCCACCGGGCCCGCUGACCGGAGAACGGGCCUGGUUGGGCGGGAGAUAAAGUGGCCGCACUCAUGGGGCGAGUCCUUCCGCCACCCUCUUCCUCUCCCCUGCCCCCUCUAUCCUCCGCCCCGGAAGUUGACGUCCUUCCUGUCACCUGCAGGGCUGCCGGGCUUGGGCCACGAGGUCGGGGGGGCGAGGGCCGGAUGGCCAGUUGAAUCUUUUCCAUUGUAGUGCUCUUAUUUGGGAACCCCAUGGGGGUCCUCAUCUCAUCUCUUUCCCAUCUGUCCCACCGACCCACGAGCCCGCAGCGAACAAAGGAGAGGGGGCUGGGUGGGGCCGUUUUAUCGCUUUAGAGAAUAACAGACACCGCGGAGAGAAUUAAAAAAACGAGAAGGCCGCCCGGGUUUCUCAGGCCGCUGGUUUCCACCGUAGCCAUCUUCCAUCCGAGGGAGCCGUGGAAGGGGGCCCAUCCUGAGGCACCGGGGAGCCGGAGGCGAGGAAGAAACACAAAGAAUUGUCAGGGAAAACACUUCUCCCCAGGACCUGGAUGAUUGGGUCUCAUCUCUUUCCGGUUGUCCGGAGAAGAAAGCUUGUGCCAAAGACAGAAAUGAGCUGGGGCGGGGGCAGGGAUCAGGAGCGAACAAACGUGUCCCAUUGUGAGAUCGGAGUGGCUAUUUUGGUAGGUCGGGUCCCCACCGGAGAGGCCCGUGUUUCAAGUAGGGGAAUUGUGUUGGAUGUGUGUCGGUCCCUUUUUAGGGAGGCCAGAGGGGAGAAGAGAGAGUUUGGGACCUGCUGUCCUGGGAAGACCCUCAAUUUGGGCAACCUAUAGAGUCCUGUUUGGCUUUCCUCACCCAGAGAGAUGAGAAGUGACUAGGAAAGACCAGGAAUAAUCUAUGCUGCUGCAGGCUUCAAGAGCGGAGCUAUCAGCACCCUCCCAGAAGAGGCAAGAAACUCCUUUUGCACUGUGUCAGAAAAGGAAGGGGGCCGAGACAACAGGCAGGGAGGUUCGGGCCCCCAAGCCUGCUUAAUGCUUGAAGGUUUUUAUAAAUUUUUGCAGGGCAGUUGAGGGAAAGGGGAUCCGGAGGACCAGAGGGUAAGGAUAAAGAGAGGCAAUCCAGGAGAAGUAGUUCCGGUUGGGAUCUUGGGCCCGUUCUGGUUUAGGAGAUGGGACCUUAAAGGCCAAACUGUCCAGCAACCCUCUUUCCCUUUUUCUCCGCCCUUCCUCGAGCACACCGCCAGUCAGUGAGCAGGUCAUCCAUGACCCGGAAAGCUACUAUUCCCAGGUUAUGAGCGGAAGCAGAUUUUAACCAAAUGGAAAGGGAACUCCUCACCUGCCGCCGUAUCAGCACCCCGUCCUUCCUUUGGCUUGGGGCCCCAUGAGGUUUCCCAGAAUCCUCUGGAACCUCAGCUUGUUGUGAGCCAAAGAAUGGGGGUGCAGUUUGAAGAUUUUCUUUUCUAUUCAAAUACAAAGGAAACACAUUAAUUGCGUAUUUGUGAUAUCCCAGGAGUCUACUACAAUAUAGAUGUGUCCUAAGAAGAAACUUCUCCCCGUCCCCUUUUUGGCAUCUGGCUUUCCUUCCGCUACACUGCUUAGUAGGCUUAUCCGGUAGGGGUGUCAGAGGAGAUGGGGGAAGGAGGAGAAGAGGGUCAGCGGGGCUCAUUGCUCCUCUCGGAAAAGUGAACUCCGACAGGAGCCACUUUGCUACGCUGAGAGUCAGAUGGCAUCGUCGAAGGUCAAGCCUGUCUGCUUGCAUAUUAAAUAAGGAUUCCAAGAAUAAGGGCCUAAUACAUCAGCACCAAAAGCUUCAUUAGGGUUUUCCUCAGAGCUCUUUGAUCACCUCGUUAAAAGCCAGUGCCAUCAGCGUGGACAAUAUCGGGUAGUUGUCAACAUUGGAAGGAAUGAAGGGGCAUCGCACAGCUUGGCUCUGCAAUCCUUCAAGGAAACAUGACGAAGAAUGUGAAAUCUUUGGGAUGGAGCUGUGCUCCCCAAAGAGACUUAAGACCUUAACGUAUAAGAGCCUGUUUGCCUCUGGCGAUGAAGGUUGCCUUUUAAUUUCACAAAAAAGUCCACUAACCAAAAAGCCAAAGACCUCUCGAUGGGUUUUCCGUAUGUGAACAGUUGAGAAGGCGUGGGUGUCUUGAUGCCCGUUUAUGAAAUCAAGGUAGACCUGAGAAUCCAUUGAGGAUUCUUUCGGUCCAUCAGCAUGCAUACGUUCUUUGUAUUAAGAGGCUUUUCCUCUUAGGAUCCCACCGUUGGUCCAAAGAUGAGUAAGUUAUUUCGACUUGGAGCGCCCUUCAUUGAGCUGAGAAUCCAGUUGAACUCUUUCCUGGCUCGUAUGUCACCACCGGCGAAACCUGAGCCCGGACCGGCAGUUCUGCCAUCGUGGGAGGUGGAGGAGUUCAUUCCGAAGCUCUGCGGUUCAUUCAGGAAUUGGGACUUGUAACCGAGACAGCAGGUGGGCCCGAGAGCCAGGGGAUGGGCAAUGAAUCAGUCCAUCCCAAGUAUUUAUUGAGUGCCUACUGUUUGCAGAUAAUUAUCCCGAAUCUGAUCACCUUCCAACUUAUAAACUGUAACCCUCUCCUUUCAGUACCUCUUGUUUAUUGUUGCUCAUCAGUUUGUGAAGAGAGAAAAGUAAAUCGUUUUGCCUA